AUGGCUCCUAAAACUAGGUCUGGACAACCUCAAAAAAAGCAAGGUCUUGCUACUUCAGCAAGGAACAGAAGGGACAAGGCCAAAAAAGCUACAUCCUCCAAGAAUAGAGAUGAAGGCUUAACUAUGAAGGAGAGAAAAAUAUUAGAGAACCUUCAAAAGAAACUCAAGGCUGCAGAAGUACAAGCUAAUGAGGAAAGAUUAAUAGAUAUACAUAGAAAAACUGCUGACAUGCUUGAGGCUGAAGUUGGUGAUGUUGAUCAGAGCAGUAACAAAGGGGAUGAAGAAGAGGAUGAAAAACCCAUUCAUAAAAGGGCAAGGAGGAUAGCUGAAGAUGAGAUCUAUGAAGAACUUGACAAUGAGGAAGAAGAUAUAUCUCCUGUGAAUGAAGUUGGCAAUUCUGAAUAUGAGCCUGCAGAGCGUCCUAGGUCUAUGGGUAAUGAAGUUUGGUCAGCUUCUUCCCAGAUGAGGGGUGAAGUCAAGCAAAAAGCACAUUUAUUGGUAAUUUCAGAGUAUGGGCUUGCAACAGAUAAUCUUCCAGAAGAAAUAUGUGAUGUGGUAGAAUGGCUUUUAAACAAUGGAAAAGUUAUUUUCAUCUUUGGUGACCUGGAUGUCAAGGUCCGUACAUAUGACAAACAAAAAACUUUUAGUCAUAAUAUUAUUAAAUUUAUUCUUCAAGUCCAAUAG